AUGCCCGGUAAAGUGUAUGAGCCUCUCGCGAACCACGCGUUGUCGGUGUACCCGAACUUGAAUGCGCCUGGAUUUGAUUCGAGUAAGGUGUUUGCCCUAACGGCUCUGUACAUUGCCAAUCCGCCUCCAGGCUUCCCUUCCAAAGGAUACUUGGAGAAAAACUUGGCGUCCGUUUACGUGUUCGUAAUCCAUCCCACUCAACGGAAGGGCAGGGAGUCACCCAAAAACCCAGAGAUUUUCUAUAUCAAUAUCACGCGUCAUAAAGUUGAGGUCGGAAGAGGCAAGCCACCGUCCGUCAGCUCUUCGUUCUUCUCGCGCAAGCAACACAAAGUCACAGUGCUUGAAUGUGGCGAUCGCGAGUUUCUCGAUAUAGCUACGGGGAAAGCGAGGAUUCAACCACUUAUUGAUGAAAAAAAGAUUCGUUUCAAAGGUAAAUUAGACUACUUUGAGAAGAUCCUCCAGAUUCUCCAUCAUGAGCGUUCGAAGCUGUACAAGGCCGUGGUCACUGAGCCUCAAAAGCACGCGAAUGAGAGUUCAGAGCUCGAAGAUUCAGACGACUCCCUCACUUUCAGCCAUGUCCCUGCUCUUCGCGCACGUCUUUAG